AUGCCGAAUGGCAGUUUACAGGACGCGCUGUUAGAUCGGAAGUGCGCCGAGUUGAUGCAUUGGGAUAGAAGGUUUGAGAUUAUUAUCUCCAUAGCCAAAGGGCUCGAAUAUUUACAUUAUUCCUGCGAUCCGCCUGUUGUUCACGGUGAUAUCAAACCUUCGAAUAUACUGCUGGAUUCUAAUUUUGAUGCUAAGAUUGCCGAUUUUGGUUUAGCUCAUGUGUUGAGUCGGGAGGACGAGUUAUCAGCGACUGGUGCUGAAGAGGAUGUGAAGGCUGGGAAGAAAGGGGAAGAUUACGGGUCGAUUAUUGAAGAAAACGAGAGCCUCGUGACAGAAGAUACUGUCGUUUUGAACAUCGAUCAAUCUCCAGAUGAUGCUUAUUGCUUGAGAAUACUCGACGACGAUGAUGAAGUUGCAAAUGCCUCAGAGAAAUCUCCUUCUGACGAGGUUCCGGAUCGAUCGAGCGUUGAUAGUGCUAACGUUCGAAAAGAGAUCAAAACAGGAAAGGAAAACGGCGAGGACUGGUGGUGGAAGCAAGAAAACACGACUGGAUUAUCUGAUUCCGGUCGAGUAAAGGACUACGUAAUGGAGUGGAUUGGGAAUGAGAUCAACAAGGAAAGGCCCAAGAAGGAAUGGGUCAAGUCCACUAGCUCGAUCGAUGAAGGUGCAGUUACCAGAGCCGUGCAAAAGAAGCAGAGUAAGAAAAAGCUUGAGUGGUGGGCCUCGCUCGACCGGGAGGCCGCGAAAAGGAACAAGAACCGGAAGCCUAGAGAAUGGUGGAAAGAAGAAUUUUGCGAUGAGCUUACCAAGAAGAAGAAAAAACGAGUACCCAAACCUGAAAAUCAUGAAGGAGAAGAACAAUUAUGGUGGCAAAAGGAUGAUCAGGACUGUACACAAGAGAGGAAAAGGAGGAGGAGCAAAGGAAGCCGGACUAGCCUCGACCGGUGGUUCGAGGGUUUUAGCGGCGAGUUCCGUAUAGGAAGGCGAAGCAGCCGAGAUUUGGGUAGCAAUAAUAAUAACGAUGUUCCCAAAAGCGGAAAUAUCAGCAGCACACCUAGUAUGAGGGGUACUGUUUGCUACAUAGCUCCCGAGUAUAGUGCUGGGGCUCCUUUGUCCGAAAAGUGCGACGUGUACAGCUUUGGCGUGCUCCUGCUGGUUGUGGUCUCUGGCCGGAGGCCUCUGCAGGUCACGGCUUCCCCUGUGCCAGAGUUCGAGCGGGCCAACUUGAUAUCGUGGGCCCGCCAGCUUGCGCUCGGCGGGCGACUACUGGAACUCGUGGACCCGGGCAUAGUGUCGCUGGACAGCAGGCAGGCCGAGCUGUGCGUGACAGUCGGGCUUCUGUGCCUGCAGCGUUCUCCCGAAAAACGCCCCACCGUAAGAGAGAUCGUGGGGAUGCUUUCGGGGGAGUCUGACCCGCCCGUUUUGCCGUUUGAGUUCUCGCCAUCUCCCCCGACGAUUUUUCCGUUCAAGUCGAAAAAAAAGGUGCGGUAA